AUGUCCCUCACAGCCCCUUUCCAAAUCCUCACACCAGAGGAGCACGAUGCGCUCGGGCUUGAACGUGUUCCCAAUUGGACUGCGAGAAACCCCCUGUACAAGUGGCCCACACCAUGCACAGGUUGUGAAGGUCGCCAUUUCUGCAUCAUCGAGCCUUUGGCCAAGGGUACCGUCAAAGACCACUACGUUGUCCUGAAGCGCUGCGUUCCUUGCGGCCCCCGCCAUGCAGGAUCCGAGUCUCAUGGCUGCACCAUCACGACCGGCCCGGACGGACGCAAGCAGUACCUGUACAUCAAGCCUGGUCGAUUCAAACUUGUCCAGAUGUCCGAGAAAGCCGUCAAGGAUAUCAAGAUCCAGAACGACACGCAGAGGCGGAAGCGCCAUGCCGAGAUCACGAGUGACUACAACACGCCAUCGGCGAAGCGCAGUCGCAAGGAUCAUGCAGACUAUGAACGCCACCCUCCGACGCCUUCCUCCUCCUCAUGGCGCUCCCAUGCUUGGGCCGACCCCGAACUCGGUCGCAAGGACGACCGAUAUCGUUUUAACCGCGAGCGACGCGACCGCCGUGACUACCACCCGUGGGAUCCUGAUCGCCCCCGUCGCCUCUCGGAACGCGAGUUCGAGUCUGAGCGCCGCCACUCAUCAUCCCGCGCGUCGCCUGGCCGGUGGUCGGCCGAGUAUUACUCUGGAGACGGAGGACCAUGGCUUGCGCACGAGCUCUGCGACCCGCGAGCUGAUUUGUCGCGCCGUGAGAGCAAGGCGCCCUCCCCACGCCGUCGCCCACCCUCUGUUUCCUCUGCUCGUCCCGCCAAAGGUGACAUUCGUAGCGAGAUGGAGAAGCCGGUCCCCUCGCCUACACCCUACGACACCACUGGCGCGUCCCUUGCCAGUCCGUUGGAAGUGGAGGCACUGUUACAAGAGGUCCAAGACAAUCUCAACAGCGUGGCUUCUAAACUUAGUACUCCCAAAGCACCCAAGACGAACGGAGUUGAAACCUCCCAAACCAAAAGUUCAGCGCCGGUUUCGGCAUCUGCUCAAUACAAGAAGCCCCAGACUGUUAUCGCUGGCAAGGCUCCGUCUGACCAAGGAAAGAGAAUCGACGAUCUCCAGUACGAGGUCUGGCACCGCGACCGUUCGAUUGACCGGCUCGAGGACGAAAACCAACGCCUCCAGGCGGCUCUCACUGCCAUGUAUCGCCUGGUGGAGACCAAGGAUCGCCUUCUUGCCAUGUACCGGAAGCAGAUCGAGAGGCAGGGUUGA